AUGGAAUCAGAUUUUGUACAAGCCUCUUUAUUGGUAAAUAUAACUCCGAAUUCCAAAACACGCCUCACCAAUGAGGAUGGAUUAAAUAAAUCUAUCUAUCUAUCUAUCUAUCUAUCUAUCUAUCUAUCUAUCUAUCUGGCGUCUGUUACUCAAUCUCUCACUCUCUUCCUUCCUCCUUUCACCAUUACUUUUCCUAUCUAUCUAUCUAUCUAUCUAUCUAUCUAUCUAUCUAUCUAUCUAUCUAUCUAUUUGUGUGUGUGCAUCUAUCUAUCUAUCUAUCUAUCUAUCUAUCUAUCUAUCUAUUUGUGUGUGUGCAUCUAUCUAUCUAUCUAUCUAUCUAUCUAUCUAUCUAUCUAUCUAUCUAUCUAUCUAAUUUCCUUUUUCGGCUUCCUCUUCCCCUACUUACUUUCUUUUUCUUCAUCUUUUCCUUCUAUUUUUUCUUCUUCUUCUCAACCUCCUCCUCUUCCUGCACCUCUUCGCCUUCUUCUUCCCAGACGAAACUACUGCAUAACUUCACCAGGCGUCUCCAGCACACGUGGAAUUCUUCGCUAUGUCCGCUCUCUCUCUCUCUCUCUCUCUCUCUCUCUCUCUCUCUCUCUCUGA